GGCUCUUGCCGGAGCCCAGGGGGGAGCAGUAGCAGCGGCGGCCGAGCUUCCUAGUCCAUUGCCAGCGCCUCUCACUCUGAUCUGUCAGACCAGCCGAGGGAAAAGGGGGGAAGGAGAAAAAAAAAAAAGCAGCUGAAAGACAAUCUGCUUCAUCUUGAUUCUGCAGCAUUCCAAACUGUGGUAUCCUUGGGGUUCUCUUAACAUUGCUAUGGUGCAGAAGAUUUAAAAUCAGCUGAUGUUCACAAGGAAUAGAGUCACGUGAUGUAUGAAGGGAAACAUAUACACUUCUCUGAGGUUGACAAUAAGCCCUUGUGCUCAUAUAGCCCCAAACUGUGCAAGCAGCGGCGACUCAACGGCUACGCUUUCUGUAUCAGACACGUUCUGGAGGACAAGACUGCCCCCUUCAAGCAAUGUGAAUAUGUGGCCAAGUAUAAUAGCCAGCGCUGCACCAACCCCAUCCCUAAAUCAGAGGACCGCAGGUACUGCAACAGCCACUUGCAGGUACUUGGCUUUAUCCCGAAAAAAGAGAGGAAGAAAAAGAAUGAUCCUAUAGAUGAGGUAAAGGUCAGGCACCAGAUGGAUACCAUGGCCUUUAGCCUGACGGUGCCCACGUUGGCCUUGAAGAUGCCCAAUGGACUGGAUGGAAUGUCCCUCUCUCCACCGGGGGCAAGGGUCCCUCUCCACUACCUGGAAACUGAGUUGGAAGACCCAUUUGCUUUCAACGAGGAAGAUGAUGACCUAAAGAAAGGGGCAACUGUGAGAAAGAAGUUGCAGAGCAAGUUGGCCCAGAAUCGGCAGCGCCAGAGAGAGACAGAGAUUUUAAAAGUUCGACAAGAGCACUUUAGUCCCCCUCCUGCACCUUCUCAGCAGCAGCCUCCGCAGCAGCACUCCCACCUGUCACCUUUAUCCACUUUAAAACCUCCAGCGCCACCGCAGGGUCUAGUCUGCAAGUCACCUCAACCUCAGAACACCAGCCUACCAAUGCAGGGAGUGGCCCCCACUCCACACACUAUAGCACAAGCCAGGCAGUUGUCUCACAAGAGGCCUCUGCCCCUCCUGCCAUCUAGUAGGGCUCCCGUCGUGGACCCGCCCAGGACUGACCGGGUCCUUAUGAAAGCCACAGCCUUCUCUCCACACUUCUCUUGUAUAAAUCGACUGCAGAGACUGGUGAAACUGUGCACCCAAAAACAUCAGCUGGACACUGAUCUGUUUCCCCAUUUAGGGUUGGACUGGUCUGAAGAGAGUGGAGAAGAACUGGAGGACUCAGAGCAGGCCUCGCCAUACCAGGUUGCCUGGUCCAUCCGAGAGACCCUCAGAUACGAAAGACACACGUCGGAUGAUGAUGAUACAGAGAGUAGGAGCUCCAGGGUGACCCAACUUUGCACUUACUUUCAGCAGAAAUAUAAGCACCUCUGCCGCCUGGAGCGGGCAGAAUCUCGUCAAAAGAAAUGCCGGCACACGUUUAGGAAAGCUUUGCUGCAGGCGGCCAGUAGAGAGCCAGAAUGUACUGGCCAGUUGAUCCAGGAGCUACAGAGAGCUGCAUGCAGUCGGACCAGCAUAAGCCGGACCAAGUUGAAGGAGGUGGAGCCAGCAGCAUGCAGUGGGACCGUGAAGGGUGAACAGUGCACCAACAAAGCCCUUCCAUUCACCAGACAUUGUUUCCAACAUAUCCUCUUGAACCGCUCUCAGCAACUCUUCUCAAGUUGCACGGCCAAGUUUGCAGAUGGACAGCAGUGCUCUGUGCCCGUUUUUGACAUUACACACCAGACACCUCUGUGUGAAGAACAUGCCAAAAAAAUGGAUAAUUUCUUGAGAGGAGAUAGCUCCCGUAAAGUUCAGCACCAGCAGCAGAGGAAACCCAGGAAAAAAACCAAGCCUCCUGCACUUACCAAAAAACACAAGAAGAAGAGAAGGCGUGGACCUCGUCGACCCCAAAAGCCUAUUCCCCCUGCAGUUCCUCAGGGGAACCUCAGCAUGCCCACCAGCGUCUCACUGCCAGUGGAGGCCUCUCACAUCCGGAGCCCGUCCACGCCAGAGCUGAGUGCUGAUGAGCUGCCGGAUGACAUUGCCAAUGAGAUCACUGACAUUCCACAUGACUUGGAAUUGAACCAGGAGGACUUUUCAGACGUCCUGCCGCGGCUACCUGAUGACUUACAAGAUUUUGAUUUUUUUGAAGGCAAGAACGGGGACCUCCUCCCCACCACCGAAGAGGCCGAGGAGCUUGAGCGGGCCUUGCAGGCCGUGACGUCUCUUGAGUGCCUGAGUACCAUUGGGGUGCUCACCCAGUCAGAUGGUGUGCCCGUCCAGGAGUUGUCAGACAGAGGAAUAGGGGUGUUCUCCACAGGGACUGGAGCUUCAGGAAUUCAGUCCUUGAGCCGAGAGGUAAACACGGACCUGGGGGAGCUGCUGAAUGGGCGUAUAGUCCACGACAACUUUUCUAGUCUAGAGCUGGAUGAGAGCCUGCUCCGUUCUGCUACCUUGUCUAACCCACCUACACCCCUGGCAGGGCAGAUCCAGGGGCAGUUCUCUGCCCCAGCCAACGUUGGCCUUACUUCUGCCACUCUGAUCAGCCAGAGUGCCCUUGGGGAGAGAGCCUUCCCAGGACAGUUUCAUGGACUUCACGAUGGCAGCCAUGCCUCGCAGAGGCCGCAUCCUGCCCAGCUGCUGAGCAAGGCAGAUGACCUAAUCACCUCACGACAGCAAUACAGCAGUGACCAUUCACACUCCUCGCCCCACGGAAGCCAUUAUGACAGUGAGCACGUGCCGUCUCCCUACAGCGACCAUAUCACCUCUCCCCACACAACAUCUUACUCUGGUGAUAACAUGGCAGCUACCUUUUCAGCAGAGAUGCCCAUCAUGGCGCAGCACUUGCUCCCAGCCCAACUUGAGGUGCCCCUUGGAGGAGUCGUAAACCCCAGAACUCACUGGGGCAAUCUCCCUGUCAGCCUCGGAGAUCCCUCUCCAUUUAGCAACCUUCUCGGCGCAGAUGGACAUCUUCUUUCCACUUCCCUAUCCACACCACCCACCACUUCGAACUCAGAGACCACACAGCCUGCCUUCGCCACCGUGACCCCCAGCAGCUCCAGUGUGCUUCCGGGGUUACCGCAGACCAGCUUCAGUGGCAUGGGGCCUUCUGCUGAACUGCUGGCCUCCACCUCUCCCAAGCAGCAACUCCCUCAGUUCAGCGCAGCCUUCGGCCACCAGCUGAGUUCUCACAGUGGCAUCCCCAAGGACCUGCAGCCCAGCCACAGCUCAAUAGCGCCUCCCACAGGCUUCACAGUGACAGGUGCCACAGCUACAAGUACCAAUAAUGCGUCUUCUCCCUUUACCUCCCCUAACUGAGCGUAUCUGUGUGCUUGCAGGCAGGUGGGGAACCUGGUGUUUUCUAUCUUGUUUUCCUCUUUAUCACCCCUCUCCCCUUUUCCUAAAGAAGAUUUUAGAAAUAACAGAUGGGGAUUAGAGGAGAACUCCCUUUUCCAGUUAAGCAGGUCACCCCACAGUGGACCUCGCUUCAGUGUUCACAUGUGCUCCUUCGCACUGGUGCUCAUUCCCUCCUGGCAGGUCCACUCUCCCCCAGUGGUUUCCGUAGUGGCUCAGCACAGUGACUGGAUAGAAUCGACUUUUAGCAGCAAGUCCUAGAAGUGAAAGAUACCUCAGAUUACCAGUGCCCUUUACUAUUUCCUAGUAUUCAGAUCAAUGCUUUCCAUUCUAAUACCAGGUCUUUACAUAGGUGGUUCUAAAUGGAAUGAGCCUAUUCAUUGAGUUCCUGUGUAAGAGAUGGCAAGUGGUGUGUAGAGGCAGAUCAAGGCUCUGACUUAGCACCGACUGCUAAACAUCACAUGAGGCCAGGAUUCCAUUCCUAAUUGUGAUCAUGUUUAAUUAAAAAGAAAAAAAUUAGUCUUUUAACUGCCUGUGUGUAUGUGUGCACCCACGCGUGUGUUUUUGUGCAGGGCAGGAAGCAGCUGUCCCAUUGUUUUGUUUUGUUUUUUCUUUCCUAAUGAGUAGAAGGCUCUUCUCCUUUCCCACAUCUCACAGCCCUGAUAAGGUUGGUCAUUCUUUCCCACUGAGUUAACUGACUUUCCUGAAUGGAGAAGGGUGGUGGUCUGGUGGCGUGAAUAGCACAACCCUUUUCUGCUAAGUUAGCCCAGAACACAAAAAGCUGAAUUCAUGUCAGUGCCCUGCAGAUGUCGUGAAAAGCUUGCCUGGAGGGACUGCAGGGUUGCUGCGAUUCUGAGGUCUGGUGGUUGGUUAUAUUGCCUUUUUAGACAUGCAUUUGUUUCUAAAUCCCUCUUCCAUGGAAUAUAUUCGCAAGAUGUAAUUAAAAUAUUUUGAUGUGAAAAGCAGGAUAGGUCAGAUAGGUUUGGAAAGAUGGGAUCUGUGAACUCCUUGAUCCAUCUUUUGCUUUUGAAUUUUUCAUGUUUACAGUAGUGAUUCUUUGGUAAGAUUUGUAAAAUGUUGAAGACACUUGUAGAAUCAAUGUACCAGUUGUGAAGUGAUGUGUAAUAUCUGAAGGAUACACAUUUUAAAGUUUCUUUCAAAGCGGAAUAUGGAAAUUAGACAAAUUUUACCCACCCUUUGGUACUUUUAAAAUAAUUUAAGUAUUUAGGUUUAAGUUUGGGGAAAUUUUUUUUUUUUUUUAAGUACCAGAACUUUAGGGUUAAAAAUCCCAUUGGAUAGUUUAGUAAGUUGGUGACUAUGAAAUGAAUAUGUGAGGUUUCUUUUUACCUGCCUUCUCCCCGACCCCCGAUCCCCCCGCCCAAGGGUGGAACUAGAUUUUAAAGGCAUCUGUACUCUGCUUUUGCUGAGAGGUUUCACUGUCCCUUGAGAUACCAUUGGCUAUUUAUACCUGAGUCUAGUCUAAUUUACAUAUAUAUAUUUUAAGAUGAGUAGAGAGAACAUAUCUAUUAAUGAUGGGAUAUAAUAAUUCAUUUGUCAGGGAAUAUUUGAUCUUAAUUCCUUUUCAAUAGGUAAAGAUUUGGAUGUAUUUUCCUACUUCCUAUAUGUGUGCUCUUUAUGCCGUGCUAAUUCUAACCAGUCCCUUCUUUUGAAAGCUUUCCUUUCUCUGCUUUUUAAAGGAAUGAUGGUAAUCAGCAGGCAUUAUGCAGAUAAAACGUGCCUGAGAUUAUGGAGGGGAAAUGUCACAUGACUGUAUGAAAUCAUUAUAUGCCCUAUUUUGUAUUUAUUGAAGUUUCUUUUUGUGGGCCAAAAAUAUGUUUGUAAUAUAUUUAGUUUUUUUUUUUUAAUCAUGAUAAUUGAUUGGAAGAUUUAUUUUUUAAUAGCUUUGCCUUUUUUGCAGAUUGAGAAAUGUCUAAAUUAUAAAAUUAUGUCACAAAGCAAAAUUAUAUUUGGUAGCACCGUAAAUUUCUAUUCUGAAGGGUGAGAAGAGAUCAUCUGAAUAUUUUUCACCUGUGAACCUAUGUUAGUAAGCUUUUUUAUUUUAAUGUACUGUAAUGAAAUGAUUAUGAGUAGUUACCUCUGCUCAAAAGUGUCAUUUAGUUUGCUAAACUCUUCACAUCCCGUUAUAAUCAUCACGAGAUAACUGUCCAUUCCCAGUGAUUUGAUUCCGUCUCCAUUGUGUACUAAUUAAAGGUUGUAGCAGAGCAGCCCAUUGACUUUCUUUUUUAUGGAGGUAAAAGUGGUACAUACACAUUGACUUUCUCACCAGCCUUUCUUUGACAGUGAAGGGCAAGUCAUGGGACGUUGAUCUGAAUUUUUCUGGCUAUUUGUCCCUUGUGGUAGCUGCUUAAAAUUCUUCAGUUAUCAAAACUGAGUUUGCAGUAAGUUGCACAUUUUAUUGUUUGCAAUUUUCUGUUUUCUGUGCAUUUUUAAGCCCUUUUCUGCUUUCUGCUAAGGAGGCAUGAAAUGAUCAGGAAUGUUGCCAGUUACAGCUUCACACCAAAAACUUUGAGUAAAUUCAUUUUUGUGUAGAUGCCCACGAUGAUAGCUGAAGGAAGGGCACCUGUAGAAAGUACCAGUGUAGGUUUGAGGAGUUAGCAAAAAAACAAAUUUUUCUUCUCGUUUCGUCUACUUCAAAACAAAUAUCCGAGCUUGCGAUUUGUUUGUUCUUGCUGUUUCUUGUGAGUCCCUUUUUGGAAGAGAGAAGAACAUCUGUGAACCCAGAGAUAUCUGUUAUGUUGUUCUUUCACCUAAUGGAGCAAUUCUAGUCUAUUAGUAGUAGGUUGGCUAUUAAUAUGUAAAGAAAGGAAUGAAGUGUCUUUUACUCCAGAAAUAUGAAAAUCAGUGUCUUUUAAAAUAGCACUUAUUCUAUAAUAAGGCAAUACUGGAAUCAAAAACAAAUUUUAUAUAAGGUUCUAUCUAAUUAGGUGGAUACUAGCUUUCACUCUAGUGUUAAACUCAUGAGAAAUAGUGGCAAAGAAGGUUCACUCUGUUUCUGCAGUACUUUGGGACCAUUUAUAAAGGCCAGUUAGAUUGUGUUAAUGUGAUUUAAUUUACAGAGUUGCUGCAGUUAAUGGAUACAUUCUGUGCUCUGAGAAUCUGAAUUCCAUUCUAACGUAUAAUAUUCACUGGCUGUGAUCUGUAGCAUCCGAAGGAAAGAUGUGUUUUUCUCCUUUACACCCUCUGCAUAAUUGUUAGUAUUAUUUUAAUUAAAGUACUUAAGACAUUGUUUUUCUUCUGUACAAAUGGCUUAGCAAUUUGCACAUCUGGGUAGGUUAUGUAGUUAGUUAACAAUUCGCAAUAGUAAAUAGCAAUUACAUUUACCCACCAAGUGACAGACUAUGCAAUGGAAAAAUUUUCUAAUUAUCGUCGCAUAGCUUAUAUGGCAAAGGAUUAUUUUCUCUAGUAACCUACCAUGUGAGAUAGAACUGCUUCAUAAAUGACUUCCUGAGCAAUUUCAUGUUGGCAGGCAGUACGGCGUGUCUAGUGUCCUUCCAUGAAAAGAGUAUAAUUUAAUGAGAAGCAAAUAGUAGGUAUGGAGAUAAAGUUGGAAAAAAUUUUUUUUCUUUUCCUUAAAAUUGUAGUUAUUGUCUUGAGCGGUUUAAGGCUAAUGAAAGCUAAUACUUUAUCUUUGCCAAAUAGUUAUUUAUAAGAUUUAUUUCUUAAAUAAGCCCAACCUCUCAACUGCAAGUUAAGAAUCAUCACUUUCUGCGACUAACACUAAAGCUUUUCCUUAUCAGAGCUCGUUCUCAGUCAGUGAUCAUGAUCCACAGAGGCAAAGACAGUUCUUUGAUUUGGAAGGAAACAGUGUCCGUGAUACAUGCAGAUGCCCUAGCUGUACAAUUUGCUUCUUACAUGAAGAAAUUUAUAUUUCUGUUGACCUUUACCGUUGGGCUUUUAUCAUUGGGCACUAGAAUUUGAGCCUAUGUAGGUCACACCCAUCCUGUGAGUUCACUGAUACCUGCCUGCAGUCCUUCCUGUGCCCCUGCAUGGUGGGAGUGGUGGUGACGGGUGGUAGCUUCGUCGGCAGUGCUUGUGUGGGGCACGUUGCCUUUUCUUCCCGUUAGUUCAAAAGAUUGCUGUGGAUGGUAUCGCAAGGAGACGAGGAUGUUAACACCACCAGGCGAACCAGUUCAAGUUUUAUAGGGUUAGAAAUUCCUUUAAAUUUUGUUUAGGUGUCUCGUUUCCAGUUUCUUCAUCCUUUUUCUUUUUAGCGUUCUUUUAACAUUCUGUUAAAUUCUGUUUUUAAUCUGGUAUAUAUAGAAUAAUACAGUGGUCUUUUAAAUGGUCAACAGAACUCUGCAGUUUAAUGAGGCAAUUUAAAGGAUUCCCUGGAAGAAAAUGUAGUCAUACCAGAUCUUUCAUCACAGACACCUACAUCGCUCCAAGGAUUUUUUCCUGACAAGAAAUAUAUUUCUUGAGGAUGGGGUGGAGGGGGGUGGUGGGAAUAUAUAUGUGAUAGAACGUAGAUUUUUUUUUUUCCUCUCAAUACAUUGAAAACAACUGAAUUUUCAUGGGCAUUCUAUAGAAAAGUAAAACAAUGUAAUGACUUCUUAAUAUUCUGAACUUUAUAAAGCUUUCCAAUAUCAUAUUCUGGAGGGACCCGAAAUCCAUGUUCAAUAGAAUAAAGUAGCAUUUUUUAAAUGCCACCUUUCAAAAGAUGUGUAAUAAGAUAUCAGUGAAGGACAUAGUUGGAUAUCCGUUAAGCAUUUUCUUCUUUCCUAACCAGUGAGUUAGGAAAGAAAACAUAAAACAUAAAUGAAUAAUUAUGUCUCUCCUAAUGACCGGUGUCAUUAAUGCGAAAAUUGUGGGUCAAACUUAGCCUUAUUUCUAAAUAGCAAAAAUUCUCUUCACUCCAGCUCUUAUUUUUUGUUAGCUUUCCUCUCUGCACUGUGAUACAGAGCAAAUAAAAAGAAACAUGGCAUUUCAGAGAGAAAAAAAGAGAGCAAACUUGGAAUGACUUUUUUUACCCCAGGUUCCCAAAUCUUGGGGCUGUUUGGCCACUUUUGAGUGGCAGGGUUUUGGUGAUCUGAAGUUCAGUCCAAAAACAGUCUUAUUAGAGACCCGGCACUGAAGUACACACACACACACACACACACACACACACACACACACACACACACACACACACACACACACACACACACACACACACACACACACACACACACACACACACACACACACACACACACACACACACACACACACACAAUCUGUACUGCUCCUGGCCUAAGAGUAAUAGAAUCUUCUUCUUUCACUUGGUUUUUGUUUGUUUUUUUAAGCUGGGGACCACUGAAGUAAGCUCUAUAUGCACCCAAAGUUACCCUUGGAAAAAAUUUCAACAUGCCGUGCAGAAGGCUCUAAUGCAGCUAAAUGCCACCCUUGCUUUUACUUGGGGAAUAGACUGAUUUGCCCUGAAAGGACUCCACCCUGCGUUGUUGAGGUACAGUUGGCUCCAGCCGAGGAGUGUGGAAGGGAUGGGAGGUUUGGUGCUUGUGACGGUGUCUUCAUCUGCUCUGAAGGGUUGGAUCAGUUCCUCUCAACAGUGAUAGUUCUUUUCACUGUAUAGUGUUGAGUAUGUCUCAGGGAUUCCUUGUGGAAAUUAGGGCAGUUUUUAAAAUAAGAAAAUAGUUUUAAAAGAAGCUAAAGGUGACUCAUCAUUGAAGAGAGCGCAAGAAAGAGAAAACAUUUGGUUUCGUAGCCCACGGUGUCUUGCAUGGGACGCUUUUCCUUCUCCUUCAGGCUCUCAUCUCAGCCUCAGCAUACAGAAUCCUUUCCCACCACGCACAGCUUUAAAACUUUUAUUUAAAAAAUUUCCUUCCCCAAUGAGCUUUCAGAAUACUUAUUGUAGAUUUUAAGAGAAAAGGUAUAUUAAUUUAUACUAUUAACAUCACCUCAUAAAUUAUAAGUUUUAUACUAAAGCUGUAUUGAGUGUAAUGAAUUAUGUUGCCUAUGUGUUUAAUAGCUAAAAAAUUAUAUAUGAGCUUUUUUUUUUUUUUUUUUUUUUUUUACAAAACAAACUAGUGAAGCACCUUUUUACACUGGAUCUCUGCCGUGUCAAGGUGUAUAGCUAUCCUUUGCUACCUUGCAGAUAUAUAAAAUAAAAGGAUAUCCUGGGGCCUCAAAACAUAGAACACCUUUAGACCAUUUAUUACUGCUCAUAGAACUGUUGAGAAUGAUGUCUCUUUAGUAAAUGAUCUGUGGUUUACACUUACGAUGGCUAGAAGCUUAGUUACAGGGUAAAUAGAAAUACAUAGAUCAAGUAAAGCUCCCAACUACUGUAGCUGGAAUUUGUAAACUAAGUUUUUAAAACCUCUUUUAUUUCCUAUGGAUUUAUUCUUUAAUUACAGUUAAGUUGGGAAGUAAAAUAGAGAAAAUAAUAAAUCUAGAUGUUCUCAGUGUCUUAUUCAGGAACUUUUUAUCCCUCCUCACUAAGGAAUUCCCACUGUGACUUAAAAAUAGAAUUAAAGUACUUGUGUGCAUGUAUAUGUCUGUGCUUUCACACACAUGCAAAAAUAUACAUUGGGGGCACGUGUGUGAGAGAGAUGAAUGUGUGCUUAGGUCAAAAGAGAAAAAGGUAACAAUGUAUAGUAGAAAUAUGAUUUAUUUAGUUGAGGGUAUUGGAGUUACUUUCUCAUCGUCUCUGUUGUAUAAAUACACCAAAUUCUUGAUUAUGUUAUGUUAAAAGGCUAGCUCUGAUAUCAUGUGCAUUUUAUUUUAACCUUCUGAUUAACUUAUGCUGUGUUUUUAAAAUAACUCAAGAAACAGCAGGUUCUAAAGACCAGCCUCUCACUUUUGAGAGUAAAAAUAAGAGAAACAGACCUGGACAUGAGCUGUGUUUAUCUAUUGGGGUGAUGGGACCAGAGAUCAGCUGAACCUUUUUUAUGUUAAUAAUAGAUUUCUUCAUCUUCUGAGUUAUAAGAUAUUAUUGAUCACCUUUUCUUGGUGAAAUUUUAAGAAAAGUAUAGGCCUUUUAUAAAGAAUGCCAUUUUUUAAGGGGCUGCUUUGUUUAAAGAGUUGGUGGGAUCAUUUCACCAUGAACAUUUCAAAGCUGGGUUGAUUUCAGUUAUUUCCAAAAUUAAAAAAAAAAAAAAAAGUUACUCAGUUGUGUUGUUAUUUAUGAAGUUAGCAUGCCCCCCAACCCCCAUAUUUUGGCUAUACGAAAAGUUAUGCUACCCUUGACUAUUUACCUGAUUUAUCUGGAAUUUAAAAAAAAAUACAUUCCUAUAUUUUGAGUUUUGUCUUUUUGCUAUACAUUCAUUACUGAAGUAUCUGGUGGUCUAAAAUAGUCAAAGCUAGAGUUGUUAUUAAAUGCUCCAAUCACAUUUAUUUUUAAUAUUAAAAAAUCAUAUACUUUGAAACAUGUCAAAACAACUUCUAAUAAUCCAUCUGAGUUUGUAGUUACCUUUGAAGCCUCAUUCAUCUUAGAUAACUCAAGACCUGGGAAAGCUUUGUACGUUGUUCUUUUUACAGUUGUAUUUUUUGCAGCAUCUCCCAGUUUCAUUCACUCUUUGCUUUAUAGGUUUUUAAAAUCUGCGUAUUUCUUGUACAUAUGCAUGCAAAUGAAAGAAGGGAGGUUGUAUUGGUGCCAUUUCUCCCUUCAGUUACUAUGGGAUUUGCUAGAAUAAAUUCCCCCUGAUUGAAGGGUGAAAAUAGACCCUUUUGUGUAUAUCUGUACAGAGAUGUGUAUAUGGGAUGUGGUGGCACUUUGCUGAAUGUGAACUUGCCUUGUCAGUGGAAAGAUUGAGAAGUAUUAUGUUUAUUUAUACAUUUGUAUAAAUCUAUAUAUACACGUAUGUAUAUGUGUGUGUAUAGAUAAAUAUAUAUAUACAUAUAUUUCCCUAAAAAAAGUGUGUGUAUAAUAGAUAAACAGCCUUUGUUAAGCAAGAUUAUACGUCUAUGGAAAAUUCUGGAUUAUUCUAUAAACAAGAAGAGGUGACAGUCUAGGGUAAUCGUCAGAGCAUACAAAGAUGGAAGUCCUUAGGAUUAUAGUCUUGUUUAUGAGUUCCUCUUAGAACUGUACUUACUUGCCAGUCUCACUAUUCUUCAUCUUCAUUACCUUCUAAGUCAAUCUCUCAACAUUUAAAAAUCACACUUCGUUGUGUUUUUUCCCUUUAUUAUGUCCUUUCUCGCCAGAAUCAUUUGGCUUAGCCAUAUUUCAUUAAUAUUUCACUCAAUUCUUUUAAAUAUCUUUGUCUCUGAAAUUUCCCAGAAGAUACAAAUUUUGUAUAUAAUACUUUUUUUUUUUUUUCUCUUUUUUGCGGUAUGCGGGCCUCUCACUGCUGUGGCCUCUCCCGUUGCGGAGCACAGGCUCCGGACGCGCGGGCUCAGCGGCCAUGGCUCACGGGCCCAGCCGCUCCACGGCAUGUGGGAUUUUCCCGGACCGGGGCACGAACCCGCGUCCCCUGCAUCGGCAGGCGGACUCUCAACCACUGCGCCACCAGGGAAGCCCUAUAAUACUUUUUAUAGUAAUUUUGAGAAUUGGGCAUCAUCUUUGUCUCAAAACAAACAACCAAUAAACCCAAAAAACCACGUUCAAACAAGACUGCUUCGAAAGUUUUACCUAGAUAAUUUUGGGACGUUUUACUUAAAUUGAAAAAGAACAUAAUUAUGAUUUUAUGAUUGACAUUAGUGUUAGGUUUAUUUUGUCAUUUAUUGUCAUUAAUUUGUCCUUUCAAAAGUUUGGUUUGCUUUGUGAUUUAAUCAUAAAUUUACCAUUUUCAUUUUAAUGGAAAGCCUCUUGACUUCUAUAACCUAAGCCUCUUAAAUUCUAUAAUUCAUUUUAUUCAUGAUGAAACUGCUUUAGUGAAUUCGUGUGUAAUGAGUUCUGCUAUAUUUCCUUUUGACUUUUCUCACAUUGGUGACAUCCUGUCUUAACUUUGCUGCAGCUCUCUAGAAAACUUGCAUCCCUAUAUAUUGUGCCUUUAAAGCUUUUAUGCACACACAGACAAAAGUGUAUAUAUACAUGUCGGAGCAUGUGUACAUAUACUUUCAUAUAUACUCACACAGUAUGUCUCUAGUAUAUAUUGUGGGAGUGGAUAUAUAGAUGUUCAAAGGCAAUGAAAUGUUGCUCUCUAGAUAUAUAUGUAUAUAAAUAGUGUUGAUAUACUGUAUAUACAUAUGUAUAUGUAUGAGUUUUAAAUGGCAAUCUUUUACAUUUAGCAAAAUGCUGCCCCUACUGGAAUAUUGUCACUGCAAUGGCAGUUGUAUGUAAUGAUUUAAAAUACACUAUCAAAAGUUAUUUAAAGAACAUUUAAAAGUCUCAUCUAAAGACGUCCACACAUUAUUUAUUUAUCUUCCUUUUCCUUUUAUUGUUAUUUUUAUUUUUUUUAACUGAAAGGGAGACUGUCAUUUUAAAAAUGCCAUCUGUCCCGUGAGAGGAAGAGAGCUGGAGACUCACUUGGGGAACCUUGUGCAUUUUCCUCUCUCUGAAAUGGAGAUGUACCACAAACUAACCUGUUUAUUUCAGUUAUAAAGCAAUCCUAACAUUUCCAUUACUGUAUGUCAUCCACCAUCUCCUAGACCAACUUAAUUCACCAACUUGCCUCUUCCUUUCAUUAAUAAAUAAUGAUCAUUAAGAUCAUUUUGCCUGGGGGAAGUUAACUACUCUCUAGCUGCAGGGAAAUAUAUCACCUAAUUGUUAUUCAGCCUUGUUCAAAAUUCAGCUUUGAGAGAAGGCAGCUCUCUCAUGCAGUUGUCUUAAGUAGGUUUUGCAUUUGUUUAGUUAGAGGUCUUCCCAGACUUUUUUUUUUUUUAAGAACUCCAAGUCUGCACACACUUGACCUAGAUUUAAUUCUUACUCCCCACAGCUUCAGGUAUUUUUCAUUAGUAUAUCAAUUUGAUACACUGAAUGAAAGAAUAUUAUGAGAAAACUGUUUCAUAUUUUAUUUUGUGAUGAGUUGGCAGCAGAUUCCAUUUCAAGACCUUAUAGAGAGAGGAGUGUGUAAAUGGACAAUCCUGAAUCUUAAGAUGUUAACAGAAAACAGGUGGAGUAAGAGUACCCCUGAAGACUCUAGAGGUUGGGGUUUGAGGGAUUUCACACAGUAGCUUAGCUGAAACUUGAUAUCAGAAGCAGCCUUUAACAAGCCUCUUGGCAAUUGUAUGGUACUAACCAGAGUACUGAAGUACAGAUUGAAACCAAGUUGCAGUGGGAAAUCAAAGGUGAGGUAGCUUAUUGGAAACCAGUAAAAUGACAGGUUGCACAGUUUCGAAAUCUCUUCUAACGAAGUAACUGCACGGUAGCAAGGACUAGCCGUUCUCAAAGCCCUUCUUUUUCAGUGUUCUCCUUCACCUUGGCACACAAGUAUGUUUUAAGGCCAUACAUGAAAAAUAUAUACAAAAAAAAAAAGCUGCUUAAAGGGAACUUACAAACUGAGAAUCUUCUCUGUAUUUGUGUAAAGAGUGGCUGGAAGCUUAGUUAUAUGCACAAAAGCUAGGAGCCACUUGUUUCUGCACAGACUGUAGGAGCUAGAUGAGGAGACUGGCAGAUUUUGGGAAGAGGCCCCAGUUCUGAGGAAAGGCAUAUCUAUAGCAUUGGGUGUGCAGUUGCUGGGGGAGACCACAUUUUGGGAGAUGAUGGGCUUUCGGUUUGUAAUUUCCCUUUAAACAAGAAGAGAUGGCUCACGUUUUCCAUAUAUAUCUCAAUGAAUGUACUGUAUCACCGUUUUAAAAUUUUGAUGAAAUAAUAAUGGAUUGGUCUCCUUUUGUUAUCUGGUCCUUGUUUAAUUUGUUUAAGGGUUUUUGUAUACAAAGGUUUACAUUUUUAUGUAUAUUUUUCUUGUGUAAAAACUGAUGUAAUAUGUGUAUAAAACUCUGUAUGUAUUAUCUGUAUAUAGUGUGACAAAAUGAUUUUUCUUUCUUUCUUUUGGAUGUAUUAAUAAAUCUUGCUGUGAAGUA